AGCAGCGUUCAGACUGCAGUUCGAGCUUUUGUUCACGGAGCAGCAGCAGCGCUCUUCAGAGGGGAAGCCUCGGUGACGUCAGCUCUGAUUUCCAAAACAUCAGCGGAGAGCCGGAGAGGGGAGGAUGCAGAGUGGACGAACCGGGACGAGGGAGCGCUUCAAAUCGAGUUGUGAGACAGCAGACGCCUCGUGAACAUGAGGAUCGCGCGACCCCUGCUGGUGCUGUUGCACGUGGUGCUGGAGACCCGGGCGCUGCGAUACUCCAACGGCUAUUAUUAUCAGACCAUCGAGAACAGCAAAGGCAACGGAGAGAUAUACUUCAAUGGGGUCCGUCUUCACGUGGAAUCUCCACAAAUGUCGGUGUCCGCCAUUCAGGGUAGCAACGUGACCCUUCCGUGUCAUUACCGGUAUGAACCGGAGCUCAGCGCGCCCCGCAGGACCAGGGUCAAGUGGUUUUGGCAGCCGGCUACGGGCGAAGGGCGGGAGAAGGACGUUAUGGUGGCAUUAGGCUCGCGCCACAGGAGUUACGGGGGUUUCAGAGGGCGCGUGCGCCUCCGCCGGAGCGUCCCAGGUGACGCGUCGCUGGUCAUCAACCCGCUGCAGGUCGAUGACACGGGGCGCUACCGCUGCGAGAUCAUCGACGGCCUGGAGGACGAGAGCGUCACCGUGGAGCUCGAGUUCAGAGGUGUGGUGUUCCCUUAUUACUCCCCCAGGGGACGCUACCAGCUGACCUACCAGGAAGCUAAGGAGGCCUGUGAACAGCAGGGUGCCUGCCUGGCCACCUUCCAGCAGCUGUUUGCAGCCUAUGAGGAGGGUUUGGACUGGUGUAAUGCAGGUUGGCUAGCUGAUGGGACGGCGCAGUACCCUGUUUCUGUGCCUCGAGAGGCCUGUGGUGGCAAGGAAUUGGCACCAGGUGUACGGAGCUAUGGCUUACGCCACAAAACCCUUGACCAGUUUGAUGCAUUCUGCUUCACUUCUUCCAUCAGAGGUGAGGUCUACUUCCUGGAGCACCCACUGAAGCUGAACUUUACUGAGGCAGUGGAGGUCUGCAUGCAGGAUGGUGCUCACAUCGCUAAAGUGGGUGAGCUGUAUGCAGCCUGGAAGUUUGUGGGGCUGGACCAGUGUAACGCUGGGUGGUUGGCUGACGGGAGCGUGCGUUACCCUAUUACCAGACCCAGGCCCAACUGUGGCCCACCGGAUCCCGGAGUGCGGAGUUUCGGCUUCCUUCCCCACCAUUUAAAAUAUGGGGUGUACUGUCACAAAGUCAGAUGGUGAGAUUCUGAUUCAGACCUGUGGCUGCUUGCGUAGAACAUCUUAAAGGUUUAUCUGAAGUUAAAUAGCCUUCUUAAGGUUUAUAUUUACCUAAGCUAAAGGCAUUACAUACAUUGCAGUUUUCAACUGCUCUUCUUAGGGUUAUAUAUAUCCAUCCAUCCAUCCAUUUUUGCAGAAAAAUUAAUUUGCAGGGACCUACUGGUUACCAUAGCAACAGAGAUAAACCCAUAAUUAUCCAAUACGUUUUUGAUCUUAAGUAGCUCACUUUGCCCUUCAUGCAAAGAUAAAUAAAUGUAUGUGUAAAUGAAACUUCAGAAGCAAAAAAAAUAAUCAAUUAAGCUGUUUCACCCAAGCGGCCACUGGUCAUCAGUUGCAAAUGUGAAUGAACAGCCCUGGAAUUCCUGAAAAUGAUGAAGAUGAGGCAUUGUAUGCUGUGAUGAUUAACCUUUCAUUCUUCUAAAUUAAUAUGAAGGGAGCCUGAGCUGUUCUUGUGCUUACAUCCUAGUGAAUCUUCAAGCAUUUUUAGAAGAAUUUAGACCAAUAGUUUUGAAAUUAGCAGAGCUGUCUUUUCCCAUUACAAUCCCUGUGUUUGCAUGGUAUUUAAGCUCCUCUAGACAAAAAUUAGUCACACGUGUCAUUUCUUCCUCAAUACUUGGUUAUAUCUCCCCUUGCCUUAAAGGGGUAUUUCACCAGCUUUUCAAAAUGUCUGCACAAUUCAGUGACUGAAAAUCAUUUUGGGUGGUUUGAUGUGAAAUGCUUUGUUGUAAAGAAAUUCGCUGGCUCAGAUGUCCUUCCAUCGGUGGUAAUAGGAACCAGGGGACACAGUGUUUACAACACACAUAUAGCCAUUUUAUUUACUAUACAAAACCAUCAUUGAACCUACUUGUCACAGGAGUUUUUACGUGUGAUGUUGAUAAUGGUAAAACUUUGGGUUCUGUAUUGCCUUAAAAUGCCCAGUAUGUACCACCAUUACAUCAGUCCUAUCUCUUUCCACAUUAACAUAUGUACAUAUGUAACAUUUAACAUAAAACAGAAUGGAUUUUUGUAAAAAUGUGUUUUUGCUUCCUAUGAAGUAGCUUUAACAGCUAUUAAAUGCUUCAAACAUCUGGUUCCUAUGACCACCACUGUGAGCAAUCCUGACCCUGUAAGUUUCUCUACAACAGCAUUUCCCUUCAGAUGACUUUCUUUACAUCUCAACCAUCUAACUAUACAGACAUUUUGAAAAAGUCCUUUCCUCCUUAAUGACUGCACCAGUCCAGUCAGGUAAGGAUUGCACCAGAUUGAAAUACUUCCUGUCCAUUUUAGUCCACUGUUCCACUAACUUUGUGCUGAGCAGAACUCAACAUUGACUCUCCCACAUUCCAAGACAACUGUGGGGAGUCUGUAUGUGGCUGGUUCAGCAGAUAUGAUGGAAAAAUUGGAAAUCUUGAAACACCAAAAUAGGGACGUAUGAACUCUAGUUUAAAUGUGCACUCAGAGGAAGAUUAGGUUAAAAUGGACAGGGGACUGGUGUAAUACUUACUUGACAGGACUGAGGCAAGGCCAUGCAUAUAUAAGCAAAUAUCAGAAAAGAAAUAAUGAAUGUGACUCAUUUUGUCCAGUGAGCUUAGAUUUAAAACAAAACAAAUGUCACUCAGGGAACAGGUCUGUGCAAACUGCACUUGGCAAAAGAUCUGUCCAAAAACUUUAUCACUGGACCAUCAUUGUAAAGGAACUUAGAUAUGCAUUCAGCCAUGACAUGAUAGGCAUGUAUGUGCGUAUAUUUACACACUAUUUGCAAUAUAUUUCACAUAAAUAUAGAGAUGAAGAUUUUUUUUAAGAACGCUUUGAUUUUUUUUUUUUCUCAAGUGCCAGACAGCUUUGAGUAUGUGACAUGAUACAAAUGUUUGUUUUAACCUACUGUAUUUAUCUGAUUCUAUGUGCAUGAUGUUUACUUUCUGUUUUGUAUGAAAAGACCUCAUUCAAAAAACAUUUUAGAUAAUAAUACAUUUUUUCCAAAAAAAGUGUUUUUCAAUCAUAUCGUUUGUUCAGUGAAACCGUUCAAGGCAACUAUGAAGCUUUUUCAACAGAUUGUUGAUGAUGGGUGGUCCCGUUCUACUGAUAGAUGGUAUAGAGGGCGUCUGAUAAACUGUGCAGUACCAGACGGGCGACAGCCAGUCAAUGGAAAUCAACGCCUAUAUGGUAGAUGUUUCCAAUAAAAUGGCCAACGAGUUUAAUAAACUGGCAGGGCAGGUGGUUCCAUAGGCUGAUCAGUAGAGGGCAAACUAAGCUCAGUGAGAAAACACUUGUGCUGGAGGAUGACGCUGUUUACACAGAGAGAGACUCUACUGGAGCUGGGACUCCAGCCAUUCCUUAGCGUCGCCCUGUCUGAGCUGCCUGGCACAGAGAGAGGAGGGAGGCACACUAAUGCAUUUACUCACCUCCCUAUACCUCCAGGCAAAUAGAACUGCUGGUAAUUUUACAAAGAUGUCCCAUUUACACCUGCUUCCCAAACAUGGAAGGAGGGGGCAUUUUAGAAUGAAAAGACAGCAGUGUUGCUAAGCUGGGCUUUUUCCCCCCAACUUGCCCUGAUGAAGGUGCACACUGUUAGUCAUAAAAAGGCAUAUUCAUGAGCUUGUCCCUUUUUUCCGUUCUGAGAUUUCUAGAGAUGAAACUGAUCUGAAUGGGCUUCUUGUGCACUGUACAGGAAAGGACGAGUCAGAUCGACGCAACUUAUGUCACACUUAAACGACUCUUUCUUCCCGAGUUUGAGCAAUGAUGUGAAGUGUAAAUAGGGGUGCAGUGAUAUGCUUAGCUCACAAUUCACUUCUUGAUACUGGGUUCACAAUUCAGUAUUCUCAUUAGAUGGAUUAACGUGUUGGUCGCUGCAUCUUGUUUGUGAAUUCAGACAAUACAGUCAAUGCCAUUACUAAUAGAAUGUCCAUUAUCUACAAGUAUGUAUUGUGUUGUCACAUCUCCGUUUUGCAUUGCGAUAUCAUGAUACACUGUUAAACCUCCCUCUAAAUGAUUGGUAAUAUGAAACUGUAUGUAUGUAGUAGCUCUACAGUAGUAAAUUAUCAUUGCAAGCCUGGAUUUCUGUAGGACUUUCGUAGGCAACUGCAAUAUUACACAUUUCACUACAUUUGUACAGGAAAUACAGUGAAGAAGGAAGGAAGAGAAAUGAAGGAUGAAAAAGAGGAAGAAAUAAGGAAAGGAAGAGAAAGGAAGGAAGCAAACAAGGACAGAAGAAAAAUAGGCAAAGAAAAAUGGAAGGAAGGAAGAAAGGAAGGAUAGAAGAAAGAAAAAAGGAGGAAAGGCAGAAAGAGAAGGAUCAUUUUCUAACAGAUGUCAAAUACGCAAAAUGAUCAAACAUUCCUGACAGGUGGGGGAAAUUAUCUCACACAUACACACAUCACAAACAGGUAAACACUGCAGACACACACACACACACACACACACAUAUGUAGUCUCUGUUUAUUUGAUGGACACAGGUAUGGCACUUUGACAGGUAUGAGUUCAGUUUAGCAUAGUUGAAAGUAACAGCUGACAGCAAGACAGUGCAUGUGAAAGUGUUGGAUAUUGCUCUGUACGAUUAGAAAACAAACCAGUGCAAUAUUCACCACUUAACUUAGAGAGAACAUUCAGUUACUCCAGUAGUCAGAACUACUUUUUUGUUUUGAUGAGGGAAGAUUAAUGUGUCAUCAUUAUUGUCAUUUAAUAUGAGUAAGCAUAUUAGCAUUUGUAGCCAAUGCAUUACAUGUGGAAAUUCUUUCCUGUAUGAAAAGACAGCAGUCAAAUAUGUUUCCAGUUUGUAGUCGUCAAUAAAUAGUGUUUUUGUCUUUUUU